AUGAGCGCAUCGAAGAUAACUAAAAGUAACCCACGUAAGUACCUCAAGAUUGUGAAGAACAAACUUCAAAACAAACGUGAAAUUUAUGUUAGGUUUCUUCAGGUCAUGACUGCUUACUCAGCUCAGAGAAUUGAUCCAAGUGGUGUAAAAUCAGUGGUUAAAGAACUCUUCAAAGAGGACCAAGAGCCGAUAUCAGGUUUCAAUACAUUCUUGCCAAAGGGUUUUGAAAUAAAACCCGAGUGUGACCAAAAUGGUUUCAAAAUAAAACUCGAGUGUGAACAAACUCCACCAAAGAAGUAUGUUGAUAUUGAGUAUUCAGAAGCUCUUGAUUUUGUCAGAAAAGUUAAGGAUGAUGACCGUAUAUACAAAUCAUUUGUAACUAUUAUGGACAUGUACAAAAAGAAAAACAAGAGCCUUGACGAAGUCUGUCGUGAGGUAUAUAUGUGUGUAUACCUACUACAAUAUUAA